AUGGCCGGGAGCAGUGAGAAGGCGCCAGACUCCGGGCGAGGCGUCGUGGGCGCGGCUCUGCAGAAGCCAGCAGCCCGACUGCCCCAUGCCUUGUCUGUGACGGAAGACAAGCGUGAUAUAGAAGAGAAGAGAAGAAAAAUACGGUCUCCUAAUCUCAUGCUUCUGGAUAACUGGCCAGGAUAUGAUUUGGAUUUAUUCACGUACCCACAGCACUAUUAUGGUGAUCUAGAGUGUGUGCUCAUCCCCCACGGCAUCAUAGUGGACAGAAUUGAGCGGCUGGCUAAGGAUAUAAUGAAAGACAUAGGCUACCAUGAUAUUUUGGUCCUCUGUGUACUGAAGGGAGGUUACAAGUUCUGUGCUGAUCUUGUAGAACACCUCAAGAACAUCAGCCGGAAUUCAGAUCGAUUUGUCUCUAUGAAGGUUGACUUCAUCAGACUAAAAAGUUACAAGAAUGAUCGAUCCAUGGGUGAGAUGCAGAUCAUCGGAGGCGAGGAUCUUUCAACACUGGCUGGAAAGAAUGUCCUCAUUGUUGAGGACGUUGUUGGAACCGGGAGGACCAUGAAAGCCCUGCUCAGCAGCAUUGAGAAAUACAAACCCAACAUGGUGAAGGUAGCCAGUUUAUUGGUGAAGAGGACAGCCAGAAGCGACAGCUUUAAACCUGACUAUGCUGGAUUUGAGAUUCCAGAUGUCUUUGUGGUAGGCUACGCCUUAGACUACAACGAGUAUUUCAGAGACCUUAAUCACAUUUGUGUGAUCAACGAACACGGUAAAGAAAAGUACCGAAUAUGCGAAGCAAAACUCAUCAAUGUCUUUCCUAGAUAAGGCCGUUCUUCUACCUUGCUACUCAGGAAGCCAAGAGUGUAAAGUCUGUCU